AUGUCACAAGUAUUCUUCAAGGUAGCAGCAAACGGUUCCCCCAUCGGUACCAUCACAUUCAAGCUCUACGACAACGUGGUCCCCAAGACUGCAGCCAACUUCAGGGCACUCUGCACAGGCGAGAAGGGCUUCGGCUACAAGGACUCCCCCUUCCACCGUGUCAUUCCUCAGUUCAUGCUCCAGGGCGGUGACUUUGACAGGCGAAACGGCACGGGCGGCAAGUCCAUCUACGGCAACAAGUUUGCCGAUGAGAACUUCCAGCUGAAGCACACCAAGCCUGGACUUCUCUCCAUGGCCAAUGCUGGACCCAACACCAACGGCUCCCAGUUCUUCAUCACGACCGUGAUUACCUCGUGGUUGGACGGCAAGCACGUCGUCCUUGGCGAGGUUGUUGAUGGUAUGGACGUUGUCAAGACCAUUGAGGGUUACGGCUCAGGCUCAGGCAAGCCCUCGAAGGAGAUUACCAUCAUCGAGUGUGGUGAGUGCUAG